AUGGUUGGAACGCUUUUGCAAAGUGAUAUUAGUAAUACUGGAGCAGGCUUUGAAGCGGGCGAAGAUAUUAAUUGGAUUCGUGAUGGUGUUACCGACAUUGUUGUUGAGGCAGAGAAAGAUGACUUACCCCCUGGUGAUGGACAUGCUCAAGAUGAUGAGCGUGCUCAAGGAGAUAGGUGUCUCAAGAUGAUGGACAUGCUCAAUGUUGACUUUUGA